AUGCAGUGCUUUAUUUGUAUGACGUACAUGAUCUUCAUUGCGACAGCGCACCCGAGUAAAGAUCGAGAGCUGGUCGCGCAGCACGAGCGGUCGCUGUUCCGUGACGUCAUCGAGUCCCUGCGCAUACGAUCACAGCUGCCCGAAGAUUUCGCACAAAAUGAAAAUAACCUCGCCCAGAACUACAACCAAUACGGCUACGACAACCAACAACAAUUACCCAGCGAUGCAGACUUCGUCCCACGAAGAAAUGACCGCAUUGAAAUGCCAACCCUCAAAUACCGCUUCCCCAAAAGCCUAAAUGACACCGAUGACUUCAUUGAGCCUAAAGAAGAAAUAGUCGUUUUUAUAGACACGACGAAAGAACCACGAACUACAACGCCAAAACCUAAGAAGCAAAAACGAACUCGACCUCCGGCAAAUAAGGUGAAGGUACAAAAAGACGAAGAAAUUAUCGAUGAAAGUGCUACACAAAAACCUGAAGAGAAGCCCAUAACGAAUACAAUGGCCGGACAGAGUCAAAUUGGCAACAGAGAAUCUCAAAUGGUCGUGAAACCAACUGUCAUAGUAAACAUUAGAGGAUCAGUGAGUCACAAAGACGGUGAAAUUAAAAUCGCUGGAAGAAACAACAACGAAACGGUUGAAACUUUUCCAAAUGCACCACAAAAUAUAUUUCAUAUCAACCAGGAAGUAAAGUUGGAACGUACGUUUACUGGAAUGGGAAGUUCUGGAGGACAGAAGAAAGUUUAUGGAUAUCAAGAAGAGAAUACUGAUGAGAAGCCGAAGAAUGAAGAAGACAUGAUGAUGUGCGAGACAGCUACUUGGAAUCCGGAGAAGAACCGUGAUGGAAGGAGAUUGAGCAAUGUGUUGCAGAUUUUGUUUUCUCUUUAG